CACCGCUGCGCAUGCGCACAGGGCUGGAGAAUUGACAUCGCGGAGCAGUACUGCAAUAUCCAUCGAUUCGCGACCGAAGAUUUUCCAUCUGCAUUCUCGCAAGACUGGUAUCACCUGUACAUAUUAAUCCAUAACAACUGUGUCAUUAAAGCAAUCAUGUCCAUGGGAAGUGACUUUGGGAACCCUUUACGGAAAUUCAAACUUGUUUUUCUAGGGGAGCAAAGCGUUGGGAAAACAUCGCUGAUAACAAGGUUCAUGUAUGACAGUUUUGACAACACUUAUCAGGCAACUAUUGGAAUUGACUUUUUAUCAAAAACUAUGUAUCUGGAGGACCGAACUGUGAGGUUACAGCUAUGGGACACUGCAGGGCAGGAGCGGUUCAGGAGUCUUAUCCCGAGCUACAUUAGAGACUCCACAGUGGCUGUGGUGGUGUAUGAUAUCACAAAUAUCAAUUCAUUCCAGCUAACCUCCAAGUGGAUUGAUGAUGUCAGAACAGAGAGGGGAAGUGAUGUCAUUAUCAUGCUGGUCGGCAACAAAACAGACCUAGAGGAAAAGAGGCAAAUCACUAUAGAGGAGGGGGAGCAGCGCGCCAAAGAGCUGAAUGUGAUGUUUAUUGAGACUAGCGCAAAGACUGGCAGCAAUGUUAAACAGUUGUUUCGGCGAGUGGCUGCUGCUUUGCCUGGAAUGGAGAGCUUGGAUGAUAAUAACAAAGAAGGAAUGAUCGACAUUAAGCUGGACAAACAACCGGAUCCUCCGGCCACUGAAAGCGGGUGCUCCUGUUAGUAGAAAGCGGUUCGGACCUUCAUUAACACCACACGCUUGUUCUGUUGCUUCCUAUGGGUCCACGUCCUGUUGAACUUUAUGAUCGGAUAUAGGCGUUUUACAUCUAUCUGAUUGAGUCUAAAAUUAUACUCCUCAGUUGCAAGAACGAAAAAAAAAAAAUCUACACUGUCUGUUCAAUUGCCAAAAUAAUAUCAUAGGUAAUUCAAAGUGACUAGCUAACAGAUUCAUAUAAGACAGGAAGUGGCAUGUGUACCAUCUUCGGACAAAAACAUUCAGAGUGGAUUAUCAGUUGUUAUGUUUUGUAUUUUUGUACAUUACAAAAAGCACUAAAUGAUGCCUUCACAAAAGAUGAGUUUAAGAUUCAAGACGGAUGGCGGAGUAACUGUCUUUCGUCUAUAGCAUGCAUGUGAGACAACUUUUAGAAUCUGUCAUGUCCUUUGGUCCAUACACAUCAAUAGUAACGAAAUGAAGAACUUAAUGAAAAAAAAGACAAAAGAGAGAGGUCCUGUUCAAAGUCUUAGUGUGGGUCUGUGUAUACAUCCUACAUGCUAAUCCAGUACCAGCCUCCAUGAGAGGUGCGCGUACUAACCUGGCUAACCUUUAAAGUGCCGUGGCACUGUUGCAAAGAACCAAUGGAUUUUUCUGCUAGCUUCAUGUAUACACUUUAGAUCCGCCAGGCGGUACUGUAUUGUAUAUAGUAUUUAUAUUAUUGUGAACAUCCAUCAUUUAGACGUGGUUUAUGUUCACCUGUACAAAUGUGGUUUAUUUUCUUUCUUCUUUUUUUAAUAUGACAAGGGCUUCACUCUUAUUUUGUCGGUCUCACCUGUAGCCAUACACUGGUAGUAAACUAUUAUUUAUGAUUUGGGCAUUUUGCUGUUGCCUUAUACCGUUUUACUCAUUGAUUAAGAGAAAUUAUAUCUGAAAUAAUACUAUUAUUCCUGUUAAACCCCUUCAGAUAUUUUACACAAAUAUGUGGGUUGAUUUUUAAAUCUUUUUAAAAUUAUUAUUAUUCUUUUUUUUUACAUUUUGCAGCCAACUAGAACUAAAAAGAAUGAGAUAAGUGUCAUUCAUUCGGUUAGGGCGAGAAAGGCGAUUUUAAGGUGAGCCUUAGGAAACAACAGAUUUUCAUUUCAAAUACAUGCACUUUGUUAUGGGUUCUGACAUGGAAAUGUGUGGUUCACCACAUCAUAAAGUGAUGAAACAGACAAAUGAUUGUCGUAUCCCUCAUAUAUCUGUGUAGUAAAGCUCUUGUAGUCUCCCGCACGUGUCGAAUGGAUGUGUAGAUUAAAAUUCAAAAUGUUGCAGAUGAACACUUUCAUCUCAGAGAAUCCUGAAACGUGAAGACCUUUUUAAAUCCGCGCUGAGAGAGAAUGUACCCACCUGUAGUCCACUCACAGCAUUCUGGUUAUUGCAACAGUACGUUCAAGAAAUGUGAGUUGUUUACAAAACUCUGGAAACAAAGUAUCUUUAAUAUUUAAUGUGUUUGUUUUUUGUUUUACAUUUUGAAUUGUUUACAUAAAUGCACUGAUUAACACCACUGAUUGUAUAGAGAUAAUUUAGAAUAUAUUAAGUAUUUAUAAUAUAUUUAUUGUUAGUGCUAGUUUCUUUCUGGUGCCAAUAAUUCUAUUAAUUCAAACAAAAAUGGACAUGAGGAAUUACUGUGACUGAAUUGUUGGUACUAGGCUUGACUUUAUUUUUCGGAUAAUUGAAGGGCCCGCUGAUAUUAACUAUGGGGAGGGACUGAUGUUAAUGAGUUUUGCAUUAACAGGGCACAGAGUAUGUCAUCUUUCACAUUUCUCAAGGCUCCGUUUCCUUUCGUUUGUUUUGUCAUCUUUCACUUUUGUACACUAGUUGUGCCUUCUGUUAUUGUGGCAUCACAAUGCAAAGCUUUCAUUGUAUGGCUACCUGAGAACACGUAUGUUACUGAAGGGAGGUAAGAAGGGACGGAUUUAUGAUGUUGAUCUGUGAUGACAUUGUUGUAUUCACACCAUCUAGCCAAUUCACAGUUGGUUGAGAAGAAUUGCAGAACAGUCGAGUGCAAGCGGAAGGUUGUAUGUAAGAACAGGAAGUUGCUGCUGAUAGUGUGAGGGGAUUGAAUCUGUCAAAGUUGUUGCCGUAGGGUUGUGUAGAGCAGUGUAGUUGGCUCUUUAUUCACUCUGUAAGGACAUUUAUGAGCAUGACAUCUGUCUGAAAAAAAAAAAAAAAUCAAUAAAAUUCAUGUCUUAAUACCA